AUGGUUUUUCGACCCGACCCAGCCCUAUCAACCGUUCGUGCUUUAUUGGCGGAACCCAAAUUAUCAGAGAUCAUUAUCCAUCUUACAUUCGCCUCUUCGUCCAUUUCGAGAGCAAUCCAUGCUCUAAGGAAGACAAUAAGCCAUAACAAGCUCUCUAAUGCCAAAAUUCAGCAACCUAUAUCCAACAAUCUUAAGAUAGUGCUAAGAAAACACAAACUUCAUCCUUGGAAAUUCAUCAAUAUUGAGCUAAAUUUUGAAGGGGCAGAAUAUAUACCAUUAAUUGACGAAACACUGAAGGACAUUUUGAGAGAUUUUGCCUGUAGUUUGGGGCAUUUCGAAGGUUGUCCUGUUUCGGUGGGUACGUCUCGGUUCCUACCAGAUAGUGGCUCUUAUGUUCGUGGAUUAGUGAAUCACGAUGAACUACUCCACUACAUUCCUCGCCCUCGGAUAUUCAAUGGAUAUUCAACUCGACAAUUACAACGUACGGAAACUUUAAAUGCCAAUCCAACUCCCUGCAGCAAAGCUGAUACAAAAAUUGCGCAAUACACUUCAAUCGGACUUCGACUAAGUGGUAUUAAGCUACGUGGAGAUCGUCAUGAACCCUCAACAUCUGCGCAAGAAUCCAGUUCGGAUUCGACAUCAAAGGAUGGCUCUGGGAAAGAGCCUCAUGUGAAAACAGCCCUCUCCGAACUAUCCGAAGAGCUCAAUAAGCAAUCUCAACAACAAAUGCAGCAACCACUAAUACCUCAAAGCAUCGGAGCUACUACUAAAGGACAGCCAACAACUGAUGUUCAAACAAUGCAGUAUCACCAAAUGAAGAAGAUGCAGAUGCUGGCCAAUGCUAAGCAUUCCAACUACCAAAUACCUACACACAUGACAACCACUAUGAAAGAUGAGCCUAUGGAAGCCACUAACUCCUCUAAUGAUUCAGAUGAAGGGGGAGUUUCUAUAUAUAUAAAAACAACCCCGAAUUGCUUUGAGGUGGUGAAAGACUGGGUAGAACAAGUUGAAAUGGAACGACAAGAUACCAAGAAAAAGUCGCGUUUCUACGCUUUGCAAAAUGAAAACUCUGGUACAAUUCUUGAAUCGCCAUGGGUUCAAACCGAGCUACAUGGAGCUUUGCAACAGCUUGCUGUGGCGGAAACCCCUACCCUAGAAGUUGACUCUGGGCCGGACAGUGAAGAAGCAACUUCUUUCAUUUCAGAAAGCAUUCCAUCCCAAGUAACCCCAGAACAAUUAUCUUCAACCGGAUUUGGAAGCGUAACAAGUUUCGAGACUCCUUGUAAUACUCCACUCGCAGCAGAUGUCAAAGAAUCAACUUCACCUAUUUUAGAAUGCCUUCCUCAUCUUCGUGGAGGAUAUGCUUCAAACAGAAACAACUUUAAACAGUACUUCAAGCGGAUCACCGAGAGAAUUUCCUAUCACAACUUUCAGCAUGAUAUAGAUCUUGGUUAUGGUGACUUGAGGUACCUGAGUGGCAUCUGUCGGAUUGAUACAAGACGCGGCAUUCGAGGUAAUGAUUCUGUUGAAUCUAUCGCCAAGCUCAAUCCUGAAAUUUUCACUGAAGGCAAUCGGCCUGAUAGCUCAAGCGCUGAAUCUAAAUCAAAAUGCCAUUACGACUUCACGAAGAAUCUCAACAGCAGCAGUGAUUCUACACAUUCGUACACUGGCCUUGAAGUGAAUGAUAUGCGACUUAGGGGAGGGAUCAAUACGGCUGAGAGUCUUUCUAUUGAUAGUCCAUCAAAAUCGUCAAAGGCUACCCACAAACGCGACAAAUUACGUGCUAUGGUUACAAUUCCUCUGAAAUCUAUCAAAGACAAGUUCUUUUGCGAGAGAUACAAGAAACAACCCCGGAAGAAAGAGAUUGAAGAUAGUGAUGAGUACGAAGGCAGCGAAAGAAUUAGCGAUGAAUCCAAGAGGCGAUUAGAAACUACGGAAGGCGAGGAAGAAAGGGAAUCUUUGGAAGACAAAUUUGAACAAUAUGAGCGGUACCCUGCACUUGCCGGAGCGAGCGAAGGUUCACACUUGAGCAAUGUAUACCGGUAUCCACGGCUGGAAAUCAACACCGAAGUCGAACUUGCGACAAAUGUAAGAGGGUUGGAAACGGAUUCACCGGAGCAUCACUCCAGCAGUCGUGUCAAAGAACCGGAACCGACAGAUAUCCAUGAGUUGGGAUUUAAAGACAAAAUUCAAAAGAAAGAGAACAGACUCGGUGUGAAGAAAAACUAUCGGCUGAUAACUAAUUUUAUUCUGGGAGCUUGUACAAAGCUUGCCAAGGGAAUAACUAAAAGGAGAAGGAAUCUGGCAAGAACUGCUCAAAGCAAGUUAUUUCGUGAUUCAUCGCUUAACCCCACGCCCUACGGCCCUACAAUGAUGUACUUGACGAAUAAAACUCAGCUACGAGGAGGGAGUGGGAAUGAGAAUGAGACCAGAUUUUUUACAAGAAACAGGUUGAGGUUUGCGCGAUUGUUAAGAAACCGUUCAGAAAGUGAAGGGGCAAUAAUAGGACCUGAUCCACCAGCGACGGAAAAUGACAUGCCUGGCACAGAAGAUGGACUGCAAAGACAUCAUCGAGAUGACAGUGGUGUUUCAGGGAUGGGGGAUGGGCAAAAUCGAGAUAAAGAUGAAUCUGUAGAAAAUGAAACUCCUCGACAAGUUGUCAACCUUUCAGAACAGGGAGCUGAAACUGUUGAAACGGUUAGAGAGGUUGAUUCGGAUACUUCGGAGGAAAGAGAAAAUGCAGCACAGGUUGAACAUGUUGAAGAUACUGAGUCUCCGAAGCCUUCAGAGCCUGACCGGGCUUCAAGACAACGACCCGAAAGCCAACAAGAAGAAAAUGAGACGGAAAAUGAGACACAGCGGCGUUUUAGAAACGAGCUUUUAGAUAUCUUAUGGAAGUUUCUUUCUCUCAAGGAGGAAAUCUGGUUCAAGCGCAAUGCUAUCAUACAUGGCGCCCCAAGUUCUAAGCACAACUUCGAAACACAGCUUACCGACGAUGAGGUAGAUGACAUCCGCCAAUAUGUACAGAACAGUUGCGAAAUGGUAGAUCUGAGCAACGAACCGCGGGAUACCGUUACCUUUCCCAACUUAGUUACACGCGCAAACAACCACUUAUUAAGGGCACGUCGUGUGCGGGAAAUCUUUGACAAUUGGUAUGCAAGAGAAGGCCAACAGCAGAGACAAGAUGAUUCUUCCUCUAACACGCGCGAAGCAUCUUCAGACACUGGCAAGGCCGGUCCGGUUACGGCAAAGGGUGCGGGAGUCUUGGAUGAUUGGCCUUUUGCAGCAGCUCCAAGUGAGAAUUUCAGGCGUGAUAGAAAUGCUAGCGAGACGGGCGCAGAUAUCUCAAGAAAUUCUUCUGAUACUCAAUUAUUUCGUAGACGGUCUUCACUAAUCUUAGCUCCGCUUCCGGAUCUGUUCCCAGCGGCUGACACCGGUCAAGCAUUUCGAGGUGAAACACGUGGGGAAUCUUCGAGGAGCGGCGCUGGUGGAAAGGGGGGUAGUAUCUCUGAGAAGAUAGACGUAUUGAGGGUCAAAAACAACAUUGCUUCCAAAGCUUCUCAACACGAAUCCAGUAUCAGCGCCGCUGAUGGUAACGAAGCUACGCAAGGCGGCAUGCCCAACUGUCGAGAGCAAAACGAGGAUCAUGUAUACCAGGAGCCCAUUCCUGCAGAAUUGAUGCAGAGACUUGGAGAUUUGGGAGCGUCGCGUGUUGAAGCUGUUAAUCUUCUCAACGCUACUGCUGGGAAUGUUGAUCGUGCGGCUGAAGUGCUGCAAGAUGAAAAUCCUCUCGAACAGGAAGAUAUGAGGAAUAUGCUUGUGGAUCCGGAGAAUGAUCUGCAUCAGGUUGUGGUGGUAACGGGUGUUCCGCCCCGGAGAGCCUUUUUAGCUUUGCUUGUUAGUGAGAGUGAUGUUGGUGGGGCGAUUGAUCUUUUAACGGGUGAGGCGAUUGGUGCGACAAUGAAUGAUGAGACGCCAAUUGAUGAGGUUAUUAGCGAAGAGGAUAGUGGGAAUGGAUCGAGUGGUAAUGAGAUGAAGAAAGAUGGGGAAGGAGAGGAGCGUGAGAAGAGUAGUAGUGAGGAUUCGGAUCUGGAAGUUGCUGAAACAAACGAGGGAAUCGAGCCUCUUGCUAGCGAGACAGAAGAUAAUCAGGGGGGAGUUGAGUUUAGGGAGGGCAAUAGUGAAGGAACGAAUGUUGAUGCUGCUGAAUCGGAUGAGGAAUAUCAGCCCCUUAUUGGCAAGACGGAGGACAAUGAUGAGGAUAAUGUACAUGAAGAACAUAACAUGGAUAAUGAUGGUCAUGCUGACACAGAUGACAAUGAUAAUAACAGGGCAGGCGAGGCUUCCACUAUUGAGCUGGAGAUGGUAUUUACUUCUCGUAAAGGGAAAGAAAAAGCAGAGGGGUACGAUCUCUGA